CGCCUUAUUCCCGUCACUGAGAGCUGCAGCUCGGCUUAAAGACUGCAGAGCUCACAUGAGCGCUUCAAGUCGCUCUCAGCCUCACACCCGACACCUUCAUCAUGUCUGCUGCAUCUGCUGUCUCCCUCCUCAUCCUCACCUGCGCCCUGACAGCCGGACAUGCAAGAAUCAUCAGGCCUUUCAGUCCACUUUUUAAAACCUCCAGUCUUUCAGUGACCAAAAACACGUGCUCUGAUUGUACCAAGAUCAUGGAGCUGUUUUCAGAUAUGCUGUCCCAUCCAGACACACAGCACCUGAUCCAAGGGACUCUUGAUGACUUUUGUCAACGUCUCCCCAUUGAAUCUGUUAACGACUGCAUGAAUUUCAUGGAAAAGUAUCUGCCAGUAUUCAUUCAAGGAUUCAUUACAUUCACUCAGGCACAUAAAGAAGGAGAGAUAUGCAUGGUGCUUGGACUCUGUGCGGUUCAGUCAGAACACAAAACUCCGGAGUUGCUUAAUUUUGGUUUGCAGGAAGCUGAAUUCAUUCAGUUGCAGCCUUCGACAAGGACCAGUCAUGAGUUACAAAUCAGCCCCCAGUGCACUUUUUGCCUUUUCCUCAUCAAAAAACUGGAAGACCUUUUGCCCAAAGAGAGAACCGAAGAGAGUGUGGUGAACCUUCUGGAGAAAAUCUGCGACCACUUGCCUGAUCACUACAAAGAGCAGUGCAACAAUUUCCUGGAAAAGUACGGCAAGCAGAUCAUUGACUUCCUGCUCACUUCUGCAACUCCGCACACAAUAUGCACACUGCUGCACUUGUGCUUCGGCCAGGACACUCCUGCUCUGGUGCCUUCUCUGCCAUCAGACUGUAAAACCUGCAGAACUCUGAUGAUCCUGACUCAGAUUCACCUGGGCCACAAUAGCAGUGAGACUCAGAUGAUGUCUAUGCUCUGGAGGACAUGCCACCUUCACCCAAAUGCUCUUCCAGGGUGUGAGCUGUUUAUCCAGGGUCAUGUCACAGCACUAGUGAACAUUCUGAGCAAAAAUGAAGAAGCUGUAAACGCAUGCCAGAAGAUCUUCUGUGUGGGACAAGAAUAACAUGGUGGACCUUCAAACAAAGAACCUGUAAACAUUUGUUCCUCAAUUUGCUAUCUUGCCUUUUACAAUAUUAAACUCAAUAAGGCUAAAGUAAUUGUUAGCCAGACAAGAUAAAAGUUCUUUUUUCAUACACAUGUAAUCAAUCAUGUAUGUAUGUAAUGAAAACAAUCAUGUAGAAAAACAUUUAUUACAAAAAAAUUGUGAUAAAUUGCUUUUUUUUUUUA